UUAUUAUCAAAACUCUAAACGUAUGUUGUUUUCGGGAAAAAAUCUCCGUAUAGCAUUCUUGACUCAGUGUUCAUAUAUAAGUGAUGCAAAAUAAUCGAAAUUUUAGUCGAUUUUAUUUUAUCACCAGUUGUGGUUUAAAUUCAAAGUGUUCCAGUGAAAGUUUCCGGAAAAAUAUCAGAAGAAAUGAAGAUCGUCUUGAGUUUGACUAUUUUAUGUAUAGGAUUGAGAGCAAUUUCGUCAGCGGAAUUUUAUUCUACAGUCUUUGACACGAUUGAUGUUGAUACCAUUUUAUCAAAUAAGCGACUCACAGACCAGUACAUCGCUUGUCUUCUUGAUCAAGGUGUUUGUACAGCUGAUGGACGUGGCCUCAGAAGACUGUUACCUGAGGCGAUCGCUACCCUAUGUGAAAAAUGCACCACGAUACAGAAACGUAAUGCUAGGAAAGUUCUACGAUACAUCAAAGAACGCAGGCCAGAAGUUUGGGACUUGUUUGUGCAAAAGUACGACCCUACUGGACAAUAUAUGCAAAAUUUCGAAUAUUUCAUCAGUGGAGUCGAUGAUUCGAGUUCAUACUACUAAAGAAUGAAGAAUAAUCUUAAUUAAAAUAAAAUUCGAAAUAAUGUUAGUUUUACGGGAAUUUGCGUACUACUAGUCAGUGCCAAUUAUUAACAUUACAAUUUUUCUCAUCAAGGGAACCUACACUCUUCAAUAUUCGCAGGUUAUAUGGACCGAGAUGCAAAAGUCAGGAAUUAUCGCACCGAGUUUGUAACCGAAAAACCUGGGCUCAAUUCCUGCUGUCUGCAUUUUCUCAAUAUUUUUGUUUAAUAUUCUUUAUCAUAAUUAACUACUAAAUUUAUUUAAAUGAGCAUAGAAUAUUAAUUUUGCACCAUUUUUUGUCGUAUUAAAAAAUUGUUUGUUUUUCAAACUUUACCAUUUUUACUCUAAGGAAAGUUUUUCUAUAGAAAAGUAUCAUUUCUUUAAAUUCAAAUGAAUAUUUUUAUUUUGUUUAUUAUAUUUGAUUUAAAUAAAUGUAUAACGAACAAAAAUGGGAUAAAAAAAUCGACAAAAAAUGUCGGCAGCAGGAAUUGAGCCUAGAAAUUUCGGCUACCAACGCGGAGCGAUACAACAAUAUACUGAUAUAACUGAUACAACCGAGUGUUGUACGACUGCCCUCCUCCAUUUCGGCCCA